AUGAACAAUGAAAAUUCCAGAUUAGGAACUUGUUCGCUUAACGGUAAUCGUGCAACGGGUAGUAGCAAUGUAAAAAUGGAAGCAUCACAGUUGUCGAUUGCUGGCGGUACUGUUGGUUAUGGUUUUUGGCGUUUAUUAAAAAAUUUUGACAAUGAUAGUGCCUGUAUUGGUGUUCACAAUCGUUACGUUUAUUUGUCAUUACCACUAGUUAAAGCAAAGAGACCACAAGAGUGA